UCGAGUAUAAAACCGGGUCUAACCCUCCAGACAGUUGAGGAAAUCUUCGUUUUCCUUCCCGGUCGCUGUGUUCCGGUUCUUCACGACUGGGUGUAUAUCUUAUCCAGCCAACACGGCAACUAAGAUCCAACUCAGGGUUUCUUCCAUCUCAGAUCACCCUCAGCACUUCUGCCUUUAAUACAAAGACGCUACCUGCCUUGUCGAAAGCUGUAACCAAGCCACCAUUAAGCCUUCAGGAUGAUGCAGAUCAGCAGCGACUCAACCAGCAACAAGCACUCACUGAUCAACGUCAUGCACCGGUUCAUCGCAGCAGCCAACAACAUGGACGAGACCAUCAUGGUCCCCAGCCUGCUGCGAGACCUGCCGCUGGAGGAGCAGGCCGCCAGUCAGGUGGAGGACAACAAUAACGAGACUGCCAGCAAACAGAGGGACAUGUAUGAGCAUUACUUGCUCCUCAAGUCCAUUAAGAACGACAUGGAGUGGGGUCUGCUGAAGAGGGAGAUGAGCAGCGGCGCCAGCUUCCUGGAAAUGGCAGUGAAGCAGGAGGAGCAGCAGCCGGUGACCGGGGAUCUGGUCGUGGACGACAACGCCGAACUGGAGCAUCAGUUUCACUACCACCUCAGGGGACUGUUUGGAGUUCUGUCAAAGCUCACGAUGCGGGCAGACCACCUCACCAACAGAUACAAGCGGGAAAUUGGAGGCGGCAACUUCAUGAGAUAGAAGUCGCUUCUCUUCCCCCCAGACUGAUCAACUUGCAACAAUGGGAUAUUAAUCUCAACCAGUGAACUGAUCAGGGCAUCUCUUAUUGUUCCGCACUAACACUCCACUUUCUCCCACCCCCCCCCCCCUUUACAACCAGUGAUGCAUGCACGUUUCGGCUGGCUUACAGAGGUCGACGCUGUGCUUGGCGGAGGUUCAUGGACUCUUUUAGCCAGAUGAAGCACAGCUCUGAUUUUUAUGCAGAAAUUUGUUCUAACUGCAUCAAAACCGUUCAGGUUAUUUGAAAAAUGUUCCUGCCUACAGGAGAUGUUGAAUACUGGUUAUUCUGUCCCUCCUUUUGUAAAUUAUCUUGCUGAUGGGCUCCUGACUGCAGAAAGUUUAACUCUUCCCCCUUGGUGUGUGCCCUGACUUUAUUUUAUUUUGUUUUUUAAACCCCCAUGCCCUGUUCAGUUCACUGUCUGUAAUGGCUCUUGUCUGUCCUUGACUAUUUCAAAAGCAAUUUUAUAUUGAUGCAGAAAUGCAGUGCGCCUGAAAUAAAUGAUACACCUAACA